UUCCAAUUUCUCCAUUUUUGCAAGUGCUAUAGCUCAAGCCUAGCUUGUAUGUAAAUAAUGGAUCUCCUCAAGCAUCUACUCUACUGGACAUCAGAGCAUAUAAUUUCAUAAACAGGAAGAUGAUGAUCUCAUCAGGAUCUUAUCAUUAUUUCUUGUUGCCCAUCAAUCCCAAGACAUAAAGAGAUGAAGAGUAAAAGCUCCACUGAAGAAGUUUCUGAAACAAGCCCAUCUAUCAGCAAGAAGGAAUUUGAAGAUGAAGAGGAUGAGGGAGAUGAAGGUGAAGAGGAGGAGGUGGACAAAGAUGGCCUGCAGCUGAGGAACAAUGGUGUCAGUUCCAGCAACAGCACCAUUGAAGGGAAUGAGAAGAAGGGAGUUUCUGGAUCUGUGCGGCAGUAUGUUCGUUCCAAGACAUCGAGGCUUCGGUGGACACCUGAUCUCCAUCUUUGCUUUGUUCAUGCAGUUGAGAGAUUAGGUGGACAAGAAAGAGCAACACCUAAGUUGGUGCUUCAAUUGAUGAAUGUCAAGGGUCUUAGCAUAGCUCAUGUCAAGAGCCAUCUUCAAAUGUAUAGGAGCAAGAAGAUGGAAGACCCCGAUCAAGUUAUGUCGCAGCAAGGCUUUUUCAUGGAAGGCGGAGACAACCAUAUUUACAACCUCACUCAACUCUCCAUGUUACAAAGUUUCAACCAAUGGCCUUCUUCCGGAUUAAGAUAUGGCACUGCCACUGAUGCCUCUUGGCGAGGUCGCCAACACCAGAUUUAUAGCCCUUACAAUACACACAGGACUGCCCUACUUGAUCAUAAUACCAGAAACAUUGGACUUUAUGGUUCAGUUGCUGACAGGAUAUUUGGAAACAACAACAACAACAACAAUCCCACUUCAGCAAACAAUCACUUACAUACAAAUAAUCCAUCUCCCAGUUAUGUUCAAACCACUUGGAGAAGGCAUCAAAUCCGGGACGAGUCGUUCCAAUCCACGAUCCACAUGCCAUGCCAAGAUCAUAGUUGGAGAGCAAUUCGAGACGGGCAAAACAUGCUGAAAAGGAAGGCUCCGGAUUCAGAUCAUACUACUUGUGACUUAGAUCUGAAUUUAUCACUGAAAGUUCCACCAAAAGAUGAUCAUGGAUUUGGAAAGGGUUUGGAGGGUUGUAGUUUAUCUCUUUCCUUGUCUUCAUCUUCAUCCUCGAAGCUUAGCAUGAAGAAACUAGAAGGUGGUGGUCAUGGCAGGGGGGAGCAUGGGAGGAUGCCAAGUACUCUGGACCUCACUUUAUGAAUGAGACAAUGAUAUUCUAAGUGAGAUCUUGAGGUACUUGCCGAGAUAUUGUUCGACCAAAUUAAUGAAUGAACUUGACCGUUGUCAUAUUCUACCGCCAUAAAAAGGUAAAGAUCACCACUAUACUUGUUCAUUUGUUCGAUCUUUUGUUGUAUGUAUUGUCUUGUAUCGAUCCAUGAUAUAUAGCCAGCAAUAUUAUUAUUAGCAAAAAGAUAUUCAAAUGGUGAAUAACGAUAGAGACGAAGAUUUUUUUCUUCGUUGGUAUUACCAAAAUAUAUGCACAAUUGGUGGCCAUGUA